CCCGCCAGGUGCCGGUUCUCAGUCCAAGGCCCACCCCCCUUUGCCUGUGUCCAUCGCUGCGUGCGGAAGUGCCGCCAGCAUGUCUGACAAACUGCCCUACAAAGUCGCGGACAUUGGCCUGGCCGCCUGGGGACGCAAGGCCCUGGACAUUGCAGAGAAUGAGAUGCCUGGCCUGAUGCGCAUGCGGGAGAUGUACUCGGCCUCCAAGCCACUGAAGGGCGCCCGCAUUGCAGGGUGCCUACACAUGACAGUAGAGACUGCUGUCCUCAUUGAGACUCUUGUCGCCCUGGGUGCUGAGGUGCGGUGGUCUAGCUGUAACAUCUUCUCCACUCAGGACCAUGCAGCAGCUGCCAUUGCCAAGGCUGGCAUUCCAGUGUAUGCCUGGAAGGGUGAAACAGACGAAGAGUACCUGUGGUGCAUCGAGCAGACACUGUACUUCAAGGAUGGGCCCCUCAAUAUGAUUCUGGACGACGGUGGAGACCUUACUAACCUCAUCCACACAAAGUACCCACAGCUUCUGUCAGGCAUCCGAGGCAUCUCUGAGGAGACCACAACUGGGGUCCACAAUCUAUAUAAGAUGAUGGCCAAUGGGAUACUGAAGGUUCCGGCCAUCAAUGUCAAUGACUCUGUUACCAAGAGUAAAUUUGACAACCUCUAUGGCUGCCGGGAGUCCCUCAUAGAUGGCAUCAAACGGGCCACGGAUGUGAUGAUUGCGGGCAAGGUGGCAGUAGUAGCCGGCUAUGGUGACGUGGGCAAGGGCUGUGCCCAGGCCCUGAGGGGCUUUGGGGCUCGUGUCAUCAUUACCGAGAUUGACCCUAUCAAUGCGCUACAGGCUGCCAUGGAAGGGUAUGAGGUGACUACCAUGGACGAGGCUUGCAAGGAGGGCAACAUCUUUGUCACUACCACAGGCUGUGUGGACAUCAUCUUGGGCCGGCACUUUGAGCAGAUGAAGGAUGAUGCCAUCGUGUGUAACAUUGGGCACUUUGAUGUGGAAAUUGAUGUGAAGUGGCUCAAUGAGAAUGCUGUGGAGAAGGUGAACAUCAAGCCCCAGGUGGACCGCUACUGGCUGAAGAAUGGGCGCCGCAUCAUCCUGCUUGCUGAGGGCCGGCUGGUCAACCUGGGUUGUGCCAUGGGCCACCCUAGCUUUGUGAUGAGCAACUCCUUCACCAACCAGGUGCUGGCACAGAUUGAGCUGUGGACCCACUCAGACAAGUACCCUGUUGGGGUUCACUUCCUGCCUAAGAAGCUGGAUGAAGCAGUGGCCGAAGCCCACCUGAGCAAACUUAAUGUGAAACUGACCAAGCUGACUGAAAAGCAGGCCCAGUACCUGGGCAUGUCCCGUGAUGGCCCCUUCAAGCCUGAUCACUACCGCUACUGAGCCAGGACUGCCUGUCACCUUCCAGCUGCUAUCCCUGUCCAGGCCCCACUUCUCCAAGACAAAUGGCACCAUCUUUGCAAUUACUUUGUCAAUGUCCCCCAUCAAUUCACUGGGGCUGGGCACUCAGUCUUUGGCCUGUGCUGCAUCCCUCAUUGUUCCAACUGUGCCAAGGGGAAUUGAGAGACCCUGGUCAAGAUGCAGAUACAGGGCAGAUAUCCACAGGGAACCUUGAGCUUAGGGGUUGUGGUACUGCUCAUUAGUCAGUGCUUUCUUAGAGGGGAAGUUGGUAGUGGUGGUCACAAAGCCCAUGCACUUUAUACAGGCCUCACCUGGUCUGUGAACUAAGAUCUCUGUGCUUCGUUUACCAGUUCACUGGUUUUUCAGCCUAUGACAGAUAAAAAGGAGCCAUAUCAAAGGACAAAGAAGAACUGUGGAGUUUGAAUCUUCCCGAGAGCUUCAUUUACUUCAUGGUGGGUCUUCUCAAACCUCAGAACCCCUAUUUCACAGGGGUUAGAAUAGACUGUUAAAAGACAGCCAAGAAAGGACAAGAGAAAUCACAGCCAGAGAUUGAGAGAGGCCAGAAAAACACAAAUAGGCGUAAAUCUGCCACCACUUUGUAACAUGAUAGUUCGUACCACAACCCUGGGUUAAAAAGAUUAAUUUUGGUUUAUGAUGUUUAUAUAUUGUUUCGAAUGUUAAAAGAAAGCAGGAAGGUGGGUAAAUAAAAUUUUGGUGCCUAAAAGGA